UCUCUUAUUCCUUUUCCACUAUCCUUUCUCUCUCUCUCUCUCUCUCCCUCUCUCUGUGUAACUGUGCAAUGACGAGACAAAGCUUUCAAGCCCUUCUAAAAGUUCAAAAACUACGCGUCCUUUCCGACCCGCAACGAACGCCAAAACCCUAGCUUCCCUUUCUCUAUCACUCGCUCUCGUUUUUCGUCGGAAUUCAGCUAGAUUCCCGCCGGGAAUCUGAAUUCCGAGCACUCCGGGACAGAUCCUUGUCGCAAUUAUGGACGACGGGGACAAAUCCGAUCCAGGAACCGAGUUCACAAGCGACUCGAGCUGGCCGCUCGGGCCCGACUCGGACAGCGUCUACUUCUUCUCGAACGACAGAGAGAGCAGCAUACUAAGCGAGUUCGGGUGGAAUCUUCAGCCGGACGAUCCGAACCGGAUCGGCUUCGACGAUGCCUCCGAUUUGGCGGGAAGCUUCGGUCUGCCGGAGAACAACACUAGCAACAGCAACAGCGCCUUGCAGGGCUCCGACCCGGCGGGUCCAGCCGGGUCCGAUAGCAAGGCCGGCGACGCUACGACUUCGAAUAAUCCGUCGGUGUCAUCGAGUCCCAGCGAAGAUCCGCCGGAAAGGUCCACGGGCUCCGGCGGAAAACCGCCCGAGAUACCGAAUAAAGUUAGAAAGAAGGGGCAAAAGCGAAUCCGGCAGCCACGUUUUGCGUUUAUGACGAAGAGUGAGGUUGAUCAUCUUGAAGAUGGCUACCGAUGGCGCAAAUAUGGACAGAAGGCCGUCAAAAAUAGUCCAUUUCCUAGGAGUUACUACCGCUGCACAAAUAGCAGAUGCACCGUUAAGAAAAGGGUGGAGCGGUCGUCCGAAGAUCCCACAAUUGUUAUAACAACAUACGAAGGUCAACACUGUCAUCACACGGUUGGGUUCCCUCGAGGCGGAGUCAUUAGCCAUGAAGCCUUUGCUGGGCAGCUGCAUACUCCGGUCUCGCAAUUUUAUUAUCCAACAGGCGCUGCUUUACCUCAAGAAAAUCCUUUUAUUAUGACACAAUCCCAGCAAAUGCCAGGUGAAGCUGGUGAUCAUCAAUCCCGUGCAAUGCCACAACCAAGUACUCCACAGUUUCCUACUAAUAAUGAAGGACUUCUUGGGGACAUCGUGCCUCCUAACAUGCGUAACAGAUGAGAAGGACAAUGCAGUAGCUGGAAUAGAGCGGACACAUUGAUUUUCUCAAGAUUGUAAGAGCGAAGGCGACAUUUUUCAAGCCGGUAGUGAGUCUUUUCAUCCCCCAAAAACCAUUUUCUGAAAUAUAUUAGGUGCCAGCUGCUGCAAUCCUGCAAUCAGCAUCUCAUCAUAUUCAUGCGCGUACGUACCAUAUUGAUCAUUCAUAGGUCCACGCUCACAUCCAGCUUGAGAUAUAUUUCAGACAAUCGUUUCGCAGAUGUUGUUAAUAUGUAUAUAAUAUAUUCGACAUCUCCUUCAAAGCUGCUGUACAGCGUGCGCCCCGGCCCCCUUCCACUUUUUUAAUUUUUCGUUAGGUUUUCAGCUUCAAUCUCAGAGUUAGCGAUUGAUGUGAACCUUAAAACCAUCUUCGUCCAUAUCUCUCGAGUGUUGAUGAAAAAGUAAUCAAGUGGUGGGCCAUGCGGGGAACUGGAAGGGGGUUUUUCUUUCUUCUUUUUUUUUUUUUUUUUUCUUGAGCAGAAGGGGGCCGGAGUGGGUUUGAGAAGAGUGAUUUUUUUAGAUCUACUACUGCUCUUUUGCGUGUUCUUCAUGGCUCGUACGUGACUCGGAAAUAGAAAAGAAAAAGGCAGCGUGAAUUGGACCGGUAGUUGGCUCAGAGUCAGCCGACAAAAACCUUUCUCACCUUUAAUUAUUUAUAUUUAUGGCGGGGUUAAGUUACCGUUGUUCACCAUGAUGCAGGGGGUGGCUUUACCGGAGCUUUUUUUGUCUUUAUCAAAAUCCUGAGCAGACAAAGUCUAGUCAGUAGUCACCGACUCACCGUAAACCGUUGGCUUUUUAAUGAUUUACAACGAACCCUCUUUUUCUUUUCUUUUAUAUUCUGUUGCAUGCGUUCUCUCUCAUAGUACAAUGUAAAAAGUUACAUGUAUUCGAUCUGUUAUAG